AUGGCGGGCGUGGGUAUAUCACAAUCCCAAAAGAUGUCUUCCAGCAAAGCUCUGUGUUACCCACGCCCGCCAUGUUAUCCUGACAUCUGCCCAGACCCAUAUGUUGAUGCCUGGAACGAGCCUUGUGUCACAUCGUGCGGAGACUCGAGCGCAGUGGUCUAUGCACCGCCGGUUGUCGUGAGAUUCCCGGGACCAAUUCUCGCUACUUGCCCUCAAGACAGCUUUGUGGGAAGCACCUUGCCAUAUUUACCCUAUGGGUAUGGGGGCCUAUAUGGAGGUGGUAGUUUCGGUGGCUCAGUCGGUUCUGGGGGUGCUUAUGGAGGUGGAUACAGUGCUGGGUAUGGUGGUGGCUACGGGGGCUUCUAUGGGUAUGGGAAGAGCUAUGGGAGGAAGUGCUAUUCUUCCCGCUUUGGAAGCUGUGGUCCAUGUUAA